AAGGAUGGCAAGCUGUUUAGACGCUGGUGUUCGGAAUCAACUGGAAAGGAUAAAGGCCUUGAAACAACAUUGAUUGCUUAUGAUACACUCUUGUUUGCUGGUAGUGACUGGAAGAAGCUGUGUUAUUCAGCCAUGUUUCAAAGAGGAGAGAGUGCUGCAACAGGUGCCAUUGCAGGGUCUCUAUAUGGAAUUUUCUUUGGAUUUGACAAUGUUCCAGUAAGUCUUUAUCAGAACUUGGAGUUCAGAGGCUACCUUGAACUACUGGGGAGACAGCUGUACCACAUUGCUACUGCAGACAGAUCUUUGUGUCUCAGUGCCGAUCACACUCAAAGACAUGAGACUAUAGAUGUGCGUCAGAUUGCCAGGAUGUUUGUGAACAAGCGCAUGUGGGAUGAAAUUAACAAUUUGAUCAAUUACAUAGCUCAUCUGGAAAAGGUGAAGAAAACAAGCACUGAAAAGUUUGUCUGGUUAACAAAUGCAUUUGCCACAAAACAGGAUAGCAUAAAAGCAAAAGCACCUAAAACUGAAGGAAAGCUUCGACCAACUAAAUUUCAGCUCCUACAGUCAAGGUUUACAAAGAUUGGUUUUCAAAAUAAACUGGAGAAAUUAGAACCUCCUGAGUCCAAGACAAAACUAUUUUCAGAACAAUCCAACACUGCUGCAGAUUCUCAGAGUGGUGCAGUCAAUCUUCCCACAGCCAACAAAAGAGACACCAACUUCACUGAAAUGCACAAUGGUAGGGACUUGAUGGCUGAACAAAAAUGUGAAACUGCAGAAAUUCAAAAGGUAGAUGGUGGUGUGGGAAAACCAGUUACUGAAAAUGAUAUCACAGCUCUACAACCUCACAGUACCCAUCCUGAAUGUUCCAUGGUAGACAACUUUACCAAAAUGCACAAAACCAUUGAUUUAGUUAUUCAACAAAAAUGUGAACCUACAGUUCUUAAAAACAAAGAUACUACUCUUAAACAAUCCUGUACUGAAAAUGGCACCACAGAACCUUGUUCAAACCCUCUGCAGGCUACUGGGAAGCAACCAUUUCUUACAGAUGAACUCAACGACUCAUCUUCAGAGAGUGCCAGAGAAACUGGAGUGCAAAUGCAACUAGAUUCUCCAAAUAAGAACAAAGUUACUUUACCUGAACCAUCUGUGCAAACUGCUGCUGAAAUAUUAUACCCAAAUACAGAAAUUCAAGCUGAUUAUCAGAUGAAAAAUAAAUUGCCAAAAUCAACUAUUCACAAUGAGGAUCAAAACAGUGGACAAAAUAUGAAUUUUGCUGAAAGUCUCAAUCAGAAGCUUCCUUCACACAAAUUAAUUACAAACACUUCAUUAAGUAUUUCAGAAUUAAGUCCACCUGAUACAUGCAAUAUCCAGGAAAAUAAUUUCCAGACUAUUAACUGUAAUGAAAGCACAAGGACACCUCCAAGGAGGGAUACCAAUGAAGUUAUCGACUUUCCCCACAUUGUGACUAAUAGUGGGCAAAAUAAUAGAGAGGAAAAUCCACCACAAACAGUGAAAGAAAGUACAGAGGAAAUGACAAAAUCAUUAACAUCUAGCCCAGAAUUAUUCUCUGACACAUCUAAGACACAAAAAAAGACUUUGCAAAAGCCAAAACACACAUUGUCUAUUGAAAUUGCAACAUUGCCAAAUGAUAAACGGCAUGAAAUCAAACAAGACGACGAACAGUAUAAAUGCAUGCUCCAUCAGUCCAAUAAGUUGGCUAUUGAUGUUAAAAAUCACAAAGCCGUGACUAAGGGACAUUCUCCACAAACAUUUACAAAAAAGGUGGAAAAAACAAUCUCACAAACGAAAAACUUCAAACCAAUUGUCCACUUGAGUGAAAAUCAAUCAGUAAAGGAAACCGCACAAAAUUCGGAGCUCACUCUAUCUAAAAUUCUAAUCUUUACUCACAAUGAAUUACUAGGAAAGAAAGAUGAUACUCAAAAGAAAUACACUGAGGAAUUAGUCAAUACUACUAUGCACUAUACAGAUGCAUUGCAAGAACAACGUUUGCAAAUUCAGAAUAUAAACACAGGAGAAACUGCCAAUUCACAAAUCAGAAGUUUGCAGCCAUUUGUUGACUCAUGUGAAAAGCAAAAGCUGAAAAAAACUCAAAGCUCAGAGUUAGCAUCCUUGACCAAAAUUCAAAUACUGCCAGAGAUGGAAUCAAAAGAGGAAGAACAGGAGGAUAAUCAGUACAGAAAUAUCCUCCGUCAGUCCAGUGACUCAGUCAACACAGCUGUGGCGCUCACAGUUGUACAAGAGCAACAACCUCCAGAAGCACUAUUAGAAAUUGCAGACGCAACAAAUUUAAGAACUAGAAACCCUGAAUCUCUUACUGACUUGUACAAAAAACAAAAGCUAAAAGAAAUUCCACCAAAAUUGCAGCCUGUUGUCACUACUAAAACAGAAGGUGAUUAUCCAGACAUCUGCAGUCAGCCUAAGGAAUCAGUUAAUGUAGCUAAACAUUAUGGAGAUGAACAAGAAUCUUUCCCUGCUGUUGAUCCCAAUACCGAAAGUGCUGCCUCAGCAUGGAACCAAUGUACAAGUCCCACAGCUUCUUGUGAAAGGAAAUCAUGGAAGUACAAGGCAUAUAGUUAUGCUGACCCUUCAGUGAUUUCAAAAUCUAACCGUAGAGUACUAAUGAGAGCCACUGAUGUCAUACAAUUUUCUUCACCACCACCAAGCUUUGAUAUCCCCUAAAAAUGGACAGAAUACAAAGGAUUAUGUUAUCUCUGUAAUAUGGUCACUUCAUAUUUUAGUGUUUUGUGUCAUAUUAGAAAUGGAAAUUAGGGAUUCAAGAUUUAUAUUUUGCUGAAACUCUACAUGUGUAAGAAUGUUUUAAAUGUUUUUUUUAUGGGGCAAAGCUGGUUCCCAGUGCCUUCAUUCCAAUUAUAUAGUUAAAGCCAUAGUAUUUACAAAAGAAUACAUUUACCAAUAAUCUUGCAGGGCAGAUGUGAUGCAAUACCAUUUAUCACUGAUAAAUAGGUUGGUCAAUCAACUGUAGAUCACAUUACGAUGAAAAUGAUGCAUGACAUUUCCCUCUGCAUUCCCUUUACAAUUAGAUUUGCCAAAUUAGUUUUCAUUUUGAAGUAUCUUUGGGAAAACCUUUUCAAUGCCACUAUCUUAAUGCUAGAUCAAUUUACUUCAAAAUUUAAUUUAAAUAUGCAGUGUAACCAUAGUGUUUCUCCUCUCAGACACGUGACCAAUAAACAGCAAAAAUCAGGGUCAGGAAUUCCUGUUACCACUUGUGCUGUCAGUCUGUAUAGCUUCUUAGAUUAGAAGAGGAUUAACAGAAGUAACAUAAUAGCUUUAUUAACAUAUUUAUUCCACGCUGCAGAGGAAACUGGGCACAACUCAGGUAAAAGUAUAAUCCCAUGAGUUCUUACUAUUGCUCUUAUAAGGCUAAUUAUUACACAAGUGGGGAACACAUUUAAGAAAAGCAUUUUUAAGUAAACAUGUAUAACAUGUUAUUUAUUUGCAUUACUUAUCAGUCACAAGAUAUUCCAUAAUUAAAAUAUUGCUAUCUCCAGCUACUGACAGUUCCAGUUGUUCUUAAAAUGGUCAAUGUCCCCAUUUCCAUACUAUAUCAUAACUUAGUUCAAAUCAUUUUACAUUUAAAAUACAACACCAAUUAGCAUUCUAUUGAACAACUACACAGGAACUAAAACCAACAACAAAACUCAUGCAAAGAUAAGAUUCAAAGUAUAACAAUGUAACCUGACACAUCUCCUUUUAAGGGGUACAGUUGAAUAUAUCUGAUACACAACCAUUUUAACCAUCAAAUGUCUGACUUAGUUCACCUGUUCCAAAGCCCCCAUUAAUCCUGGAUAAUCCAGUGAAGUAGGGAGAUCCCCAUCCCUGGCUUCCUGCCCUAGUAUGAACUACUUUAAAUUCCUCCCCUCUGUUCUUACGCCCUAAUAUCUGGUGGGCCGAGCAGUGCAUGGGACUUCCUUGUCAUUCAGGUUGGCAAAAACCUGUUAAACUGCUUCUGCUACUUUCCUCUCAUUAACCAAGCCAAACAUCUCCUAAGGACCUUCUCUUCAUUAGCCCUGGUUUUGCACCAUUCCAAUCUACCCUCAUUCUCUUCAAGUUCCUUUUGUUCCAACUCAAUUCUAUUCUCAUUAAAUUACUGGCGACCUACCUUUCU